AUGGUUGAGGCCAUUGUAUUUUUUAUAAUUGCAUUCUCAUUGUGGUUUUCAUUAUUUCUUAAUUUUUUCUUAGUCUAUUCCGUCUAUUGCCGUUUGAAAACGCUUAGAAUAAAUGUUAACUCCAAUUAUUCGAACAUCGUCUCAUUCCAAUACAUCUAUAAAUUUCUCAUUGAUUCCACGGAAAGAUGUCAGGAAAUAUUCAACUACUUGCUCAUCAUGAUAUUAAUUGUUCAAAUGCCAGAAAUGAUGCAACUUUUAUAUAACAUAGUAAAAGAACUCAAAUUUACAUUGGCGGAUAUUAUGAAUAUAUAUGAUAUAUUGGUGUGUAUAUACGCUUUACAGUAUAUGAUAGUAAUAUUCCUUCCUGCCUUGUUCGCUACGAUGCUUACAAAUGAAGCUCAUAAGCUGAAAAUAGUUCUACACGACAUGCUCCUCGAUGAGAGAGGGUCGGUACACACUCAUGAUAUAAAAAGAUUCAUUGACUACGUCGACGCAAGACCAUUCAGAUUGCGUAUUUGUAAUCUCAUACCUUUAGAUUACAAGUAUUCGCUGAUUAUUAUAAAUGUAUAUGUCACUUACACUAUAGUUAUUGCACAGUUCUCGCUUACAAAUUAAUUAUGAAAUGGAAUGUUUUAUUGCGUGUUGUUAUUUAAUAAAUUAAUCCACAAAAUUA